GUAAUGGUACACUAAAAUGUCUUCCCCAACAUAAAAAACAUAGAAGAACGCGACUCUCUAGAUCUUUUUCUUCAAGAGAAUGGGAAGCAUUCAUGAGUGGAGGAAACCCAGAUUUUUUUGCCUUCAUGGUAUGGGAACUAGUGCAGAUAUUCUCAAGGAAGAAUUGGUCCGUAAAUGGGAUUCAGUCGUCCUGGAUAAACUGGAUCUUGUCUUUGUAGAUGCCCCUUUUCCAUUUCUGGGCAAAUCCGACGUCGAUGGGAUUUACGACCCUCCUUAUUAUGAAUGGUACCAUACCAAUAAGGAAAUGACACAAACACCCCAGAAAAUGAGUGAAUGUAUUGCAUAUAUAGAAGACUGCAUGAUCAAAUAUGGACCUUUUGAUGGUCUUCUUGGUUUCUCCCAGGGUGGAAUGUUGGCAGGAGCCUUGCCUCUCUUACAAGAAAAGGGUUUGGUCCUGACCAAAGUUCCAAAGAUUAAAUGUGUGAUCAUAAUAGGAGCGGCAAAAAUAAGCAGGGACAAAUUUGUAGCAGAGAAUGCAUAUGAUCCACAAACCAGGUGCCCAUCUGUUCAUAUUAUAGGGAAGGGAGAGGGCUGCAGGGAAUCAGCAAUACAACUUGCUCAAUGUUAUGUUGAUCCUAUAGUCAUUCAUCAUCCCAAAGGCCAUACCAUUCCCAGAUUUGAUGAAAAAAGUUUGGGAGAGAUGCUUUCCUUCAUCGACAGGAUUGAAAGGGAUAUUAACAUAACAGAAAAAUCAUCCUUAAGGCUUAAAUCCAUGUUAUAACCAAACUUCUAAAGUUGAUUAGUACAUAUGGAUGUUGCAAUGCCGGCUCAGCUCUUAAGGAUGUUGAAACUAGCUUGAAACUUGAAAGGGGUGGGAAACAUGGUGUCAAACGUUAUAAAAGUGAUUAAUAAAUACUCGUAAUAAUGAAUAAUGAUCGAAGGAAAAAUGAAGUCAUAUUUUUUGUAUGCAUAAAAUAAAUGCAGUAGCAUAUAUGUGUACGUGUGUGGAGAUGUUAAAAUGGAAAAAAUAAGAAUAAAUAUAGAUCAUCAAUCGCC